AAGAAAUGGAAGAACACAGCAACAAACGUCCCCUCUUGUUAUCAACCUCAGAAGACCACCAACAAGUGUCUGUAUCGGAACACGAAUUAGUUUCGUUAGUCCAACGAACAUGGACGGAAGUAAAGAAGAUUUGGAAGGUUGCUGGUCCAUCCAUCUUCUCCCGGCUUUCUUUGUACUCCCUUGCUGUCAUAACACAAUCUUUCGCUGGCCACCUUAACGACACUGACCUUGCUGCCAUCUCCAUUGCCACCACAGUGAUCACUUCCAUCACUUUCGGCUUCUUGCUAGGAAUGGCAAGUGCACUUGAAACUCUUUGUGGUCAAGCUUAUGGGGCAAAACAAUAUCAUAUGUUAGGAAUUUACUUGCAAAGAUCAUGGGUUGUUUUGCUUAUAGGCUCAAUUUUAUUGUUACCCCUUUUUAUAUUCGCCACUCCAAUACUUAAACUAACCGGACAGCCAGAGGUGGUGGCAGAGUUGGCAGGGACAGUAGCGGUAUGGCUGAUUCCGAUGCACAUGAGCUUUGUUUUUCAGUUUUCGUUGGUGAGAUUCUUGCAGGGUCAGCUGAAGACGUCCGUGAUUGGUUGGGUGUCUGGUUUGGCUCUUGUAAUCCAUCUGCUACUUAAUUGGUUUUUUGCUAAAUAUUAUACGAUUGGUGUUGUUGGGGCUGCGAUUAUGCUUGAUUUCUCGUGGUGGGUGUCUGUUUUGGGCCUUUUCUUAUAUGCUGUAUGUGGAGGGUGUCGUGAAUCUUGGUAUGGAUUUUCAAUGGAAGCAUUUUCGGGGUUAUGGGACUUCUUUAAGCUCUCUGCUGCUUCAAGUGUUAUGCUCGCGUUGGAGAGCUUUUACUAUCGAGUAUUAGUGAUAGUAGCAGGCAGCUUGGGGAACACAGCGGUCGAUAUUGAUGCACUUUCGAUAUGCAUAACUUCUUACGGUUGGGAGAUCAUGAUUCCAUACGGAUUCUUGGCUGCAACAGGUGUUCGUGUAGCAAAUGAGCUAGGAGCAGGAAAUGCAAAAGGUGCAAUAUUUGCUACCAAGAUAUCAUUGCUAAUAUCAAUCCUUAUUGGCACCAUGUUUGCUAUAGUCAUACUCGCAUUUCCUGAUAAAUUGGCUAUGAUCUUUACAUCAAACAACACGGUCAUUAACAUGGUUAAUGAACUUUCCGUGUUGUUAGCAGUUACUGUUCUUCUUAGUUGCAUUCAACCCGUGUUUACAGGAGUUGCGCUGGGUUGUGGGUGGCAAUCCCAGGUCGCAAUUGUUAAUCUUGGAAGCUACUACGUUGUUGGAGUCCCGCUUGGCGUCAUAUUGGAACAAUUUUUUGGAUUAGGGAUUAAGGGUCUUUGGACCGGAAUGCUGAGUGGGACAGUCGUACAAACGUUAACACUAGCCAUCAUAACUAUUCGAUGCCAAUGGGAUAAGCAGGCAAAAGAAGCGUAUUCCCGCGUUGUAAAGCAAGCCAUUUCAGAUCAAAGUUCGUGUGAUACCUAGCCAUGGGGCUACAAAUUCAUCUCAAAGGAAGCAAUAUAUCAUACUCGAUUUAUUGUUUGUAAUUCUAUUUAUCACUUUUGUUGUGUGAUAGAAGCUAGUAAUCGACUUUGUCAUUAUUAUUUACUAUAAGUAAUUGACUGUUUAUUAAUUCAAUAAAA